UGCGCUGCUCGGGAGCCUUCAGCCCCGGCCGCUGCCCGGCCGCCUCCGGGCGGCAAGGGGAGCGAGACCCCGCGCAGGGCUGGGGCCUGCGAGCGCACGCCCCUCCGUGCGCUUCCGCCGGGCCCUGGACCAGAACCGCCAAGCGCAGAGGCAGGGGCGCGUGCCAGCAGCCCAGCGCCGGAGACCCGCUGUCCCCUGCAGGCUCACAGGGGCCCGCUGCCUCCCUCCGUUGGUGACUGUCCCAGAGCGGGCCGGAGUGGGCAACAUGGAGGGGGAGCCCUCCCAGCCUUCCAACAGCAGCCGGCCCCCAUGCCAGAAUGGGAGUGAUGCCGAGGCCAACACUGCUGCAAACCUCACCUUCUCCUCCUACUACCAGCACUCCUCCCUGGUGGCUGCCAUGUUCAUUGUGGCCUACGCGCUCAUCUUCCUCCUCUGCAUGGUGGGCAACACCCUGGUCUGCUUCAUUGUGCUCAAGAACCGGCACAUGUGCACCGUCACCAACAUGUUUAUCCUCAACCUGGCCGUCAGCGACCUGCUGGUGGGCAUUUUCUGCAUGCCCACCACCCUCGUGGACAACCUCAUCACUGGGUGGCCCUUCGACAAUGCCACAUGCAAGAUGAGCGGCUUGGUGCAGGGCAUGUCCGUGUCAGCUUCUGUUUUCACACUGGUGGCCAUUGCCGUGGAAAGGUUUCGCUGCAUCGUGCACCCUUUCCGCGAGAAGCUGACCCUGCGGAAGGCGCUGGUCACCAUCGCGGUCAUCUGGGCCCUGGCCCUGCUCAUCAUGUGCCCCUCGGCCGUCACGCUGACCGUCACGCGCGAGGAGCACCACUUCAUGGUGGACGCCCGCAACCGCUCUUACCCGCUCUACUCGUGCUGGGAGGCCUGGCCCGAGAAGGGCAUGCGCAGGGUCUACACGGCCGUGCUCUUCUCGCACAUCUACCUGGCGCCGCUGGCGCUGAUCGUGGUCAUGUACGCGCGCAUCGCCCGCAAGCUGUGCAAGGCCCCGGGGCCCGCGCGCACCGGCGAGGAGGCGGCCGGGGAGGGCGGCCGCGGCGCCCGGCGCAGGGCCCGGGUGGUGCACAUGCUGGUCAUGGUGGCGCUGUUCUUCACGCUGUCCUGGCUGCCUCUCUGGGCCCUGCUGCUGCUCAUCGACUACGGGCAGCUGAGCGAGCCGCAGCUGCACCUGGUCACCGUCUACGCCUUCCCCUUAGCCCACUGGCUGGCCUUCUUCAACAGCAGCGCCAACCCCAUCAUCUACGGCUACUUCAACGAGAACUUCCGCCGCGGCUUCCAGGCCGCCUUCCGCGCCCAGCUCUGCCUGCCGCCGUGGGGGAGCCACCGGGAGCGUCCCAGCGGGCUCCUGCGCACGCAGGUCUUCGUGGAGGUGCAGCCCAGCGACUCGGGCCUAACCUCCGAGUCGGGCUGGAGCAGCGGGGCCCCCAGGCCCGGCCGCCUCCAGCUGCACAGUGGCCACGUGGCCCCCCCUGGCUUGGCCGCCGAGGGUCCCGGCUUUUCCCAUACACCCCUCACCAUACCAGCCUGGGGCGUUUGAGUGGGACAUGGAGGGCCGGCCCCUGAACCCGAGGGCCCCGGCUGGACACGUGACACCCAGGCAUGCUAGCGGCCUUGUGUGGUGUUUGCAGAGGGUACCAUGUGCCUCCCUCUCAAAUACAAGGCAGUGAGCAGUUAGUUGCUAGUGGAAUCUUCUUUGCCACCUCCCCCCACAGACAGAGGCAAAGGAGGGUAAGGGGAGAGGAGCCUUGUUCCCCGAAAACCCUUCUGUGUGGUAGAAGCCACCGGCAUCAUCUCACUGAAUUCUCAAAACGCUUUCAGAAUAGGGGUUUUUCAUCCCCCUUCUGAAGACGUGAAACUGAGGCUAGAAGAGAUGCGGUUAGCCCAGUCUCAGCUGGAAACCCUGCAGGAGUCUGUGUGCCUCCAGUGCCUGAUGGUUUUGACCAUCUCCAGCUGUCUCCAGAAGGACCCCCGGAAGGUGAACACAGUGAAAAGUGUAAAUCCUAAUUAGGCAGCUGGGAAGAAGCGAAAAGCAAGGCUGGCCAGUCCAUCGGAUGCUUGGUGUCCACGUCCUGGUGUCCUGUAUGUAUGAUUGAAGCCACUCCCCUGAUCCCUUCCCAGAACAUAGUGUGUUCUGUGUAGGUUUGUCUUGUUUGUUCCAGGAAGUGUCCAGGGCCAUUCUCUUCUCCCCAAAGUACCAUUUACAGGACGUCAUGUCUGAGCAGCUGUGGAACUAGCCCUGGGGAGCCUGCAUCAGUUUCAGGCACUCUGGGUCUGAGCCCAGAGAAGGGUGGGUCUCUGUCCUCCCUCCUCUACCCAUAGGGCCCACCGCCAUCACGGCGGCCCAGGUGAGAGCUCACAGUGCGACAGGCAGCUGCAAGGCCACAAGAAGCAUCAGUUUAUUUAUUCAUGGACAGGAGGAAGGGAGGGCAUAGCACCCAGUUUCAGCCUUCCGAAACACAUCUGCUCACUGGAGCUGCUAGUAUAAGCCUUCCCCAAGGCCUUUUCCCCUGCUCCUUCCAGGGGAUUGCAGGGGAGAAGUUGGCCAACCAAAGCUAUGGUGUCUUCUGGGGCCUCUGGGAUGACAAACACUAAACCUCUCCCUGGCAUGGAUAACUUGUGUGCCCUAAAAAGGGAUGGGCACCAUCCCUUGUUUGCUCUGGCUCUCACCCAGCAUAUCUGCAUCACCUUGAAGAGAGAGGCUUCUCUCCAGGAGGUGGGAGGAAUUGGGAUCACCUUGUGAUCCUUGCACGGCUCCAGUAAUCUGCAGUUAACUGGGUAUUUCCCCCUCAUCUCUAUAGAAAACGCACUGCUGCCAGAAUUUUAGUGAAUAAAAAAGAAACAUUUCCAGGGCAGAGAAUGUGACUCUGAGGCUCCAGUAGUCUCCUUAAUCGACACACGAUGACUUAAGACUUAACCCUAUUUACUCCAUUCUAAGUACUAGAUGUAGGGGCAGAAGAAAAUUCCUAAGCCACUGUACAGUGUGUUCUCCAAGCAUGUCACCAGACACUGUCUCAUCUGAUCCAUACAAAUGAGGCUGAAGGAGAUGUUGCUGUUUUACAAAGUAACUGAGGCUCAAAGGGACCAUGUGAGCCACAGAGGGGCAGGGUUUGGGUUAGAAUUUGUCUUCUGGUUUCUUCCCACGCCCCUUCCUUCUUUUCAAGGAAGGUGGAUUGGGGAGGAGAGCCGGAAAUUCCCACAAAGACUUUUUGCCUGAUGGUGAACCAGAAUGCUCACAGAACCAGAAUCCCCACCCUCAAGCUCCUGGUCUGGGAAAUGACAGUCUAUUGUAUUUACUCUUGUACUAUCUGGCCUGAGCUGUUCUGUGUAUGCUCUCUAUGACCCAUGUACUGAGCAGGCUGCCAAGAUCCGUCAUGACCCCACCCUGGUCAAGGUGUCUGGGAGUGAUGGAUGUGGGUCUUAGGAAAGGGUGUGCCAUCCUGUCCCUCAUUAGGUAGUGCAUGUGUGGGCCCCAUUUCUGGUGCUGUAUCAGUGUUCUGUGUCACAUAGGCCAGAGGAUUCCUGGCUGCUUGCUGUAAAGAACUCUGACUCCAGCCUCUAAAAAUAGACCAGAGAAAGGGCCCUCUUAAACCCAAAUGCUUGUCCCUGUGGCAGGGGGGAAUCUGUUGGGAGACACUGUCUGGUCUCUCCUCUGGUGUGUGUUUCUCCCUUAGCAUGGUCUCCCCAACCACAAAAUCACAGCCUUUACAGCUGGGGGGAGACCAGGACACUCACCCCAGCCAAACUUCUAUCAAGGCCCCUUUGUUUUACUUCCCCCCAAAGAUGCCAUGCUUUGAAAGAUUGGGCCUGCCAAAACAAAAAAAGCCUGCACUAGGCCAUAAUUCAUAUAUUUGCUGUUACUGUUAUUUCUUUUAAAAAAAAUCUGUCAAAGGCUAUGCCAGCUGGUUCAGAUUUGAUUUGAAUCAGGCAUGACUUGAUGCUUUCAUGAGGGGUGAGGCCUUGUGGGUUCCUGUGGAAUGUCUGGUUUUUUGUGUAUGUGGCAAAAUAUAUACAACAUAAAAGUUACCAUGUGACCAUUUUUAAGUGUACAGUUCAGUGGCGUUAAGUGCCUUUGCAUUGCUGUGUAACCAUCACCACUAUCCGUUUCCAGAAACUGGAAACUGCAGUUUCCCAAACUGCAAUUCUGUACCCAUUAAAUAACUCCCCAUUCCUCCCUGCCCCUGGUAACCACCAUUCUACUUUGUCUCAGUGAAUGUGAUUACCCUAGGUACCUCAUGCAGGUGAAAUCAUACAGGAUUUGUUCUUUUGUGAUCGGCUUGUUUCACUUAGCGUAAUGUCUUCAAGGUUCAUCCGUAUCGUAGUAGGUGCAUAAUUUCCUUCCUCUCAAAGGCUGGAUAAUAUUCCAUUAUAUGUAUAUGCCGGUCAUCCAUUCAUCCAACGAUGGACAUUUGGGUUGCUUCCUCAUUUUGACUAUUGUGAAUAAUGUGUGGAGUUUCAAGAUAUUGGAAGUAGCUCCUGAAAAUAGGGUGUGUGUGAGCCCUGAGGACAGAUGCCGCAGGUUGGACCCAGGAUCUUUCCCAACUCGGCAUUUAUGGGUGAUGAAGCCGAGGCUCAAGGAAAGCUAUGAUUUGUCUCAUUCCCCUGUGCCCACCCCAUCUGCUCUGAGCUUCUGUUGGGCUUUACUUCUUGACUAGAGUAGCUAGAAAAUUGUAUGCUCCCUCCAUGAGGUCAUAUUUUACGAAGGUAUUUUUAUAAGUGUAGGUUUAUUAUCCUGGCUGGAAUCCUGUGACCCAACAAACACAUGGGCCCUGUCAGGGGCCUUGCCCGGUUACCCCAAGGCACACAAGGGCAAGCAAUAUGGAUUUCACCCCAUGUGCCAUCCUUUGCCUAUAAGCUGGUUGGGUCGCCUAAGGUGACUGCCCUUUCAUAGGCAGCACGUUUGGAAAUGAACUGGAUGUGUGAUAGGGGAAAAGGGCCAGAGGCCUGUUGACCCUGAGCGUCCCCACCCCAGCGAAGCUCCUGAAGGGACUCCGCAUCCUGUCCUGCCGUUUGCAGCAUGAGCGAUCAUUCUAAUCGUGGGUCUGCACUGAGGAAUGGCCUCUUGACUUGACCAAGACCAUGCAGCAUUCAACAGACCAACGUGAGCUGGAGGCAGAUGCCCGGCCUGGACCCCGAAAACCAUAAUCUGCCCAGCCCUCUGCCGAGGACUUUCUCUUGGGGCCUGGAGGACACAUGAGUUGACUUAGGUUGGAAUGGAGGACAGAGUUGGCAACUAGGAUGACAGCCCCCCUAUCAUUAGUCUUCUGUGUAUUCAUCCAAAAAUCCAGGUGACAGCCAAACUGAGAGCUGGAUGGACAAAGCAUUGCUGUUAAGCUGUGUACCUUUUUGCAUCUGUUUCCUCAGCUCACCCCUCAGAAGUGCCACUGAGGAAAGAUAGAUGAGAAGGAGGUGACCCAAAUGGGCUUCACUGCAAGCAAACAAUGUGGAAUCAGCAAUAGACUUCUUGUUGAACAAGCCAAUUAUUUAUGUUUCUGGCAUUUUAUUGUUGGUGUUUUUCUCUCUCUACACAAAUACUCCAUUGUGGAAAUUUUACAAAAUUUAGAUAAGGAAAGAGAAGAAAAUAAAAAGCACCCAAAUCCCACCACAAGAGAUAAGUAUGGAAUCAUUUUCUAUGCAUAUAUAUGUUUUAAAAUUUUAUAACAGCUUUAUUAAGGCAUAAUUUGCAUACAAUAAAAUUCACCCAUCUUAACUGUACAUUUUGAUGAGUUUUAGCAUUUUGUAUACAGUUGUGUAAUCACCACUACAAUCAAGAUACUUCCAGCAUCCCCCCAAAAUUCCCUUGUGCCAAUUUGUAGUCAACCCUCUCCCCUCCUCCCUGCCCCAGAUAACUACUCAUCUGAUUUUGGAAGGUCAGAUACUUGGAACAAGUGUGUAGCUUUUUGAGUCUGGCUUCUUUCACUCAGAAUAAUGCUUUUGAGUUUCAUCCAUGUUGCAGCAUGAAUCAGUAGUUUGUUCCUUUUUAUUGCUGAGUAGUAUUCCCUUGUAUGGCUAUAUGAUAUUUUAUUUGUCCAUUCAUCAGUUGAUAGACAUUUAGGUUGUUACCAGUUUUUAUGAAUUUAUGAAUUAUGAAUAAUGCUGCUAUGAACAUUCAUAUAUGUCUUUAUAUGUAUAUAUGUUUUCAGUUCUCUUGGGUAAAUACCUAGGAGUGGGUUGGCUGGGUUAUAAGUGUAUAGUUUAACUAUGCAAGAAACUGCUGAAGUGUUUUCCAAAGUUGCUGUGCCAUUUUGCAUUCCCAUCAGCAGUGUAUGAGAAUUCUAGCUGUUCUUGCCAACACUUAAUAGAAUCAGUGUUUGAAAAACUUACCUGGGACUUCCCUGGUGGUGCAGUGGUUAAGAAUCCGUCUGCCAACGCAGGGGACGUGGGUUCGAGCCCUGGUCUGGGAAGAUCCCACAUGCCGCAGAGCAGCUAAGUCCGUGAGCCACAGCUACUGAGCCCACGUGCCACAACGACUGAAGCCCACGCCUAGAGCCUGAGCUCCGCAACAAGAGAAGCCACCGCAAUGAGAAGCCCGAGCAACCGCAACGAAGAGUAGCCCCCGCUCGCUGCAACUAGAGAAAGCCCGCGUGCAGCAAUGGAGACCCAAUGCAGCCAAAAAUAAAUAAAAAUUUAAAAAAAUAAAAAAACUUUCCUGAUGACUAGGGAUGCCGGGCAUCUUUUCAUAUGCUUAUUGGUCAUUCGUACUUUUUAAAAAAUUUAUUUAUUUAUUUAUUUUUGGCUGCAUUGGGUCUUCAUUGCUGUGCAUGGGCUUUCUCCAGUUGUGGCGAGUGGGGGGCCACUCUUCAUUGCAGUGAGUGGGCCUCAUUGCGGUGGCCCCUCCUUGUUGCGGAGCAUGGGCUCCAGU